UAAUGAUUUGAUUCACCCGUUGGGAACUCUGUUUAGAACUUCGAGCUCUUUUGUGGAGAUCGAUUCUUCUGCGGUUGAUCAUGGUGUACCACUCAAGUUUUGUUAAUGAGGAAGGCAUAACAAAAGCUUGUGGGUGCCCUCUGCUUCCUUUGAAAAGCCAUAUAAAGGGUCCUGCACCAGUUUCAGAUCAAGAUAAAACUGAUAUCAUUGAUGAAGCAAUCACAUUCUUUCGUGCCAAUGUCUUCUUCAGAAACUUUGAUAUCCAGAGCUCAGCUGACAAGCUUCUCAUUUAUUUGACAUUUUACAUCAAUGUUGCUUUGAAGAGGCUUGAGGGCUGCAGAACACUGGCUGAGGGGACCAAAGCUAUCAUUAGCUUGGGUCUUGAGAAGGUCCCUGUGCCUGGAGAGCCUGGUUUUCCCUUUGCAGGACUUUUUGCACUUCCCAAGUCUCAGCAAGAAGCAGAGCUAUUUAGGGACUAUCUGAAGCAGAUAAGGGAGGAAACAAGUGGAAGGCUACUCAGUGUUGCAUACAGGCCAAAUGGAACUCCAAACAAAUGGUGGUUGGCAUUUGCCAAGAGGAAAUUCAUGAAUAUUAUUGUCCCCUAAAGCAUUGAUUACAAGAGAACACACUCUUACAAGGACUUGGAAGUCCUACAUAAGCUUCAUCAAGUGUGACAGAUAUAUAUAAGGAUGAUCUGUAUUUGCUUACUGCUUGUAUUCCAA